AUGGCCGGACAGAUCCAAUUUUGGAGGAUGUAGGUGAAGCCUUCAAGCUUAUGGGGGUUAACCUGCAUGAACUGGAAGAUUACAUACUCAAUAUUGAACCUGUUACUUUUGCACAUCAAAUCCCCUCGUUUCCUGUCAGCAAGAAUAAUGUCUUGCAGUUCCCCCAGCCUGGAAGCAAAGAUGCAGAAGAGAGGAAAGAAUAUAUCCCUGAUUACUUGCCACCCAUUGUCUCCUCUCAAGAAGAGGAAGAAGAGGAGCAGGUGCCUACAGAUGGAGGAACUUCAGCAGAAGCCAUGCAGGUUCCACUGGAGGAAGAAGGAGAAAUGGAAGAAGAUGAAACUGUUAAUGAUGAAAAUUACUUAAGCAAAAGACCACUGGAAAGCCCAGAGUCUGAGGAAAUGCCUGCUAUGAAGCGGCCAAGACUAGCCAGUAUAAAGGGAGAGACUCUGGACGGGACAGUAGAGCCACGUGAGCCUCUUAGUUCAAUAAACACUCAGAAGGUGCCGCCAAUGCUUUCUCCGGUUUGUGUUCAGGAUAGUGCAGAUCAGGUCCCUCUUUCUCCUGAGCCACCCAUACUGGCUCCUAUUGCAAAAUCACAGUUGCCAGUUUCCAAACCAUUGGAACCAAGAGCAUUUGCUCCUAAAGCAAAAGUGAAAACAACGUCUCCAGGGCAAAAGACUAAAACGCCAAAAGCUGUUCCAUCCCCAGUAGCUGUUGGAAGCCCCAUUCGGUCACCAAAAAGUGGAACCAAAGAGAAGAAAUCACCAGGCCGAUCCAAGAGUCCUAGAAGCCCUAAGAGCCCAAAGGUUCCAGCUCAUGUUCCUCAAGUAGUAGUUAAGCAGGAGGCACCAAGUAGAACUCCCUUAGCAGCAUUAAGUGAAAAGAUUGGGAAAGAGAAUAUUCAGAUAAAACAAACCCCACCACCAGUUGACCCUGGGAAACCCAGUAGUGAGAAUCCAGCAAAGAAAGUGGCAGUGACAGAUAAGACAAUCGAUGAUUCCAUUGAUGCUGUAAUUGCCCGUGCAUGUGCCGAACGGGAUCCUGAUCCAUUUGAGUUUUCCUCAGGGUCAGAGUCAGAAGGGGACAUUUUUACCAGUCCUAAAAGACUGUCUGUGUCAGAGACUACAACACCUAAAGCUUCUGUUUCAGCCAACAGUAGUGUAAAUAAAGCAGGAAGCACCCCCAUUCCUCCUUCUGGUGGAACAUCAAGUUCAGAUAUUUCAUGGACAAUGGAUGACUCAAUAGACGAAGUCAUUCGAAAAGCAAACAUGGGAAAUCCUGCUAAUUUACCCACAAGCUUUCCUUACUUUUCGUCUCCUUCUGCUUCUCCGCCAACUCCAGAACCUCUAUUCAAACUUUACGAGGAGAAAACUAAAUUGGCUUCAACAGUAGAAGUUAAGAAGAAACUGAAAAAAGAGCUGAAGACAAAAAUGAAAAAGAAAGAGAAGCAGAAGGACAAGGAGAAAAACAAAGAGAAGAAUAAAGACAAGGAGAAAAAUAAAGACAAGGAUAAAGACAAGGAAGGAGGCAAAGAAAUGAAAUUUCCAUGGAAGGAACUGAUCAGAGAUGAUGAUUUGGAUGCCUACAAGUACAAAAUGAAGGACUUUGACGAUGACCCCAAAGUCAAAGUAAAAGAUGGCAGCUCCAAAAAAGAGCGAGAUAAGCAUAAAGACAAGAAAAAGGAUAAAGAAAAGGGCAAGAAAGAUAAAGAAAAGAAAGAAAAAGAUAAAGCGAAAGACAGAAAAGAAAAGAUAAAAACUUCCUCGGCACCUCUUGUUUUGCCUUCCAAAGACCUGUCCCUGCCUUUGUUUAGUACUCCAACUGCUAUGAAGCUGCCGUCAUUGAUGGCCCCUCUCUCAACAAUGCUACCUGAGAAACUCUUUGAAGAGAAAGAAAAGCCCAAAGAAAAGAAGAAAGACAAAAAAGAAAAGAAGAAGAAGAAAGAGAGGGAGAAAGACAAAGAAAAGGAGAAGAAAGAGAAGGAAAAAGAAAAGAAGGAAAGAGAGAAAAAAGAGAAGGAGAAAGAGAAACAUAAACAUGAAAAAAUACUGGGAGGAGAUGCAGCUGUAUCCAAAACUAUGCAGAUCAAAGUGGAACCUGUUGUUCCAGCACCAUCUCCUGUGAUUCCCAGGCUGACACUGAAAGUGGGAGCUGGUCAGGACAAAAUCGUCAUCAGCAAAGUGGUCUCAACGCCGGAGGCUAAACCACCCGCUCUCCUCACUCGGCCCAAAACCCCUCCACCUCCAGCAUCUCCAGCACCAGCUCCUGUCCUUGUUACGCCACCACCUCCUCCUCCUGUCGUUCCUUCUCUUCCUGCAACCACCAUUUCUCCAGCUCUGAUUCCACCACCAUCUCCGGCAUUGCCGGCUGUAGGAGGCUCCAAAGCUCCAGUUCGGAGUGUAGUAACCGAGACAGUCAGCAAUUAUGUGAUUCGAGAUGAAUGGGGGAACAAGAUCUGGAUCUGCCCUGGCUGCGAGAAACCGGACGAUGGCAGUCCGAUGAUUGGAUGCGAUGACUGUGACGACUGGUAUCACUGGCCUUGRGUGGGAAUUAAGGCUGCUCCCCCCCAAGAAGUGCAGUGGUUCUGCUCCAGGUGCGCCAGCAAAAGGAAAGACAAAAAACACAAGAAGUGGAAACACAAAGCCCACUGAGGUCUGUGRGGGGAUUUGUCGGACUGUCGCUCCAGCACUUCAGGCCGGCCUUCCUUUGAGGAYGGCGCUCGGGCAGCCGUCUGCUCCCUCUCCAUUGCCAGUGGGUUUCAAGGAUUAUGAUUCUUGGGAGAAUCAGGAAUACACAUAUACACACAACAUACACACYCACACUGCUGGCUCUGAGCUGGCCUUUCCCCUCUCCCURCUUUAUCACACGGUGUYAAUGUUGAUCAAGAAUCGCCGGCCGAACUCACCUGCUGAAAAGCAGCAAACGGAGAAAUCUGGGGCUCGAGGAGGCAGCUGCCCUCUUUCUCAAAGACAGCGGUGACACUUGUAAAUAUCCUUGCCYUCCCCAYUUGUUUUUCUCCUCUUCCAAGUCGCUCCUUUGAGAAGCAGAAGAGACUGGCGAACGCAAGCAGCUAUCCUUUGGGAGUGAUUUCUGUAACUCUCAGCCCCCCCCCCCCUUAUAACCCCAAGAAUCAUAAACGAUACAAGGUUGGGGAAGGAAGGGGUGGAGGAAAUUGGUAAAUAUUUUUGUUUCUGAUAAGGAUGUAUGAAGCUGUUCUUGCUUUCCCKCACCUUCCUGAUUUUUAUGAGCUAACAGAAAUAAAAUAUGCUUUAGUUCUUUUGUGAA